AUGGGUCCGAGAUACCGCAGCGUAGCAGUCAUUGGCACCGGCCCAUCGGGUGUUUCUGCCGUCAAGGCCUUGAACGAUGAGAAGAUCUUCGACACCAUUCGCGUCUUUGAACGACGAAAUCGAGUCGGGGGCCUCUGGCACUUUGACCCAAUCCCCGACCCUUUUCCGGCCUCUACUUCAUCAAGUGUGAUGCAGAGCAAAAUCCCAUCAAACUUUCCAACCUUCACACUCCCGGCACCUGAAGACACAACAGCGCGGACAGCCAUCUACGACACCCUUGACAGCAAUGUCGGCGCCGGAGCCAUGGCAUUCACACAUUCUUCGUUUCCAGAAGCCAAUUCCGCUCUAUCAGUCAGGCAAUAUGGGAAGUCGAAUCCCUCCCGUCCGUUCCGGGUUGUGGCUUCAUACCUAGAAGACCUGUUCAAGGAGUAUCUCCACCUCGUCUCUUUCAAUACAACAGUAGAGAGGGUAGAAAAGAAAGACGACAAAUGGACUGUCACGCUUCGGAAACCCGGUCAUCCUCGCAACAACCAGCCAGUAGAUUACUGGUGGCAAGAGCACUUUGAUGCUGUGAUAAUCGCAUCGGGACAUUACAAUGUCCCCUGGAUCCCAGACAUAGCAGGUCUGGACCAAGCCUCCAAUACCCAUCCGACGAACUUCGAACACUCGAAGGCAUUCCGCUCGGCGAAUGAUUACGUCGAUAAGAAAGUAAUCGUGGUCGGAGGGAGCAUAUCCUCCGCUGAUCUCGUAGCGGAUCUACACCCGAUCGUCAAGGGACCACUGUAUCUCUCCCAACGAGGGAAAAACGAAGCCUUGCAAGCUGCGUGGGAGCUUCCCAAUGUCGAGGGGAAGCCGACAAUUGAGCGCGUCGAGACAACCGAAACAGGAAUCAAUGUGAUCUUCGCGGACGGUAGUGUCAUCGAGAACGUGGACAAAGUCAUAUUCGCAACGGGCUUCAAGCUCGCCUAUCCGUUCCUCAGCCCCAAUCUUACCACGCCCAACAACCGCGUAGCUGGGUUCUACCAGCAUGUGUUCAAGAUCGGAGAUCCAUCGUUAGCGCUAGUAGGCCAGGUACGAGCGGCGAUUAGUUUCCGGGUCUAUGAGUAUCAGGCUGUCGCCGUGGCACGGUAUUUCGCUGGUCGGAACGCAAAGGCUUUGCCUAGUCCGCAGGAGCAGGAUCUGUGGGAGGUCGAAAGACUGAAGUAUAAGGGUCCAACCUCCCUCUUCCAUGAGAUUAAACCUGAUUUCAAGGAAUAUUUUGACUUCCUCCGUGAUUUAGCGGGCCCACCUGCACCGGGAACAAGUGCUUAUGAAUUGCCGCCAUGGGACGAUAAAUGGGCCGAGCUGGGAUUUGGGGUUUUAGGCCUGAAGGAUCAAUACUGGAAAUCUCUGAAAGCUGCUGCAGAGCAAGUGAGGGCUAAGCUGUAG